AUGGCGGGCAUCGAGGCGUUCUUCAACCAGCCGCAGCAGAAGCCCCGCGAGCCCAUCGGCCCGGGCGAGCUCCUGUCACCCCCGGACGAAGCCGCCAUCAAGUGGCCGGAGCCCAACGAGAACCCAAAGUUCUGGGAGCGUCCGCCGAUUCGCAUGCCGGAAAACCUCGACCCGAAGACGUGCGAGAUCACCACCAAGCCGCUGCACGUCGUGCACGUCACCGCGGAGAUGGCGCCGGUGGCGAAAGUCGGAGGGCUCGGCGACGUCGUCACCGGCUUGGCGCGAGCGCACCUGUGCCAGGGCCACAACGUCGAGGUGUGCAUCCCGUACUACUCGUCGUUGGAGGGUAAGGUGGAGGACGUGCAGCACGUGAUGGACUUUGACGUGCCGAAGGGCGAGCAGUGGGAGUGGGACGGCGAGAAGGAGAUUCGGAUGAGCGACUUUCAGUGGUCCAUGUACAGCGGGAAGAUCGGCGGCUGCCCGAUCAUCGCGCUCCGGCCGGCGUUUCGCGAGGGAUCUAACCUGUUCGUCGGUCAGAGAAUCUACGGCGGCUCCUAUAACGAGGCCGAGGCGUACCUGUCCUUCUGCCGAGCGUCGUUGGAGUGCCUGAGGGUCACGGGGCGCGACCCCAACGUCAUCCACGUGCACGAGUGGCAGUGCAGCGCCGUCGCGAUGCUCUACUGGGACGUCUAUCACGCUCAGGGCUUGCUGAACAACGCCAAGGUGAUGCUGACGAUCCACAACAUGGACAACACCGGCGAGUGCAGGGAGGAGGAGUUCAUGGCGACGGGCGUCCCCGGAAGCGAGUUCAACACGCUGGAGAAGGCUAUGGACGAGCGAACCAUCGGGCACAACCCGGAGCGACUGUGCCUGAUGAAGGGAGCCAUCGUCUACUCCAAUUACGUCACGACCGUGUCCCCGACGUACGCCAGGGAGGCGCUCAACGGCAGCGCCGGAUUCCUGGGUAAGACGCUCAUGAAGGAGCGGACGAAGUUCAGCGGGGUGAUCAACGGCGUCGACACUGAGAUUUGGGACGCGAGGCUGGACAACUUCCUCCCGGCCAACUUCAAGCCCGGCACGAUGGAAGGCAAGGCGCUGUGCAAGAAGUACGUGCAGAUGGGCCUCGGCAUGAACGUCGACCCGCACAAGCCGCUGGUGGUGUGCAUAUCCCGCCUGGUGCCGCAGAAGGGAAUCAACCUCAUCGAGCAUGCGAUCCCGCGGACCAAGGAGAAGGGCGGGCAGUUUGUCCUCCUCGGUUCCGGACAUUCCGAUCCCCCUUUCCAGAGGCUGGCGGAGAGCGUCUAUAAGAACGACAAGGACGUCAAGCUCCUCAUCUUCUACUCCGACGCGCUCUCGCACUUGCUCUACGCGGCGGCGGACUGCGUGCUGGUGCCGUCCAUGUUCGAGCCGUGCGGAUUGACCCAGAUGAUCGCGAUGUGCUACGGGGCUCUUCCCAUCGUUCGCAAAACCGGCGGCCUCGCGGACACCGUGCACGACGUCGACGAUCCGUCCAUGUCCGACUCCAAGAAGAACGGUUUCGUGUUCGAGGGUGCGGACAACAACAGCCUGGACGGCGCGCUGGACCGCGCCAUGCGGUAUUACCACGAGAGGAAGCCGUGGUGGAAGGGGAUGCAGGAGCAGGUGAUGGACAUCGACAAUUCGUGGGAGCGAGCGGGCGAGGAGUACGUCCAGCUGUACCGCAUGAUCACGGGAAUCAGGGAAGACAACGACCAUUACUGA